GUCUGUCAUGUGUGUACAAGGCCGCGUCUUCCGCUGCCGCUGCCACACUGGCCCUCUUCUGUCAGUCAUCAGCCCGACUUCACCUGAAAAAUACACAGACGUCCAUCCAUUGAUUCACUCACUCAUCCGUCUUGCCCGGUGCCACCCACCCACCUCAUAGACAGCGAUCUCCUUUGCGGUUAACAUGUCGUCCGCCGCCAGUGUGCCCUCGCCGUUGCUGUAUUGCUCCCCGAUGUAGCCGGCCGGUAGGUCAUCGUUCUCCACCCACUGAUGCAUCCUGCGCAUUCAUCUACAGUACAGCUCAUUCAUCGACAGUGUCCUUUUUACCCUUAGACAAAGCGGUACCUAGACAAUCUUAUGUGGACACAACGGUGGCACUGGCAGUCGAACUAAUGGCUGUGUCCCUGAGGGAUUGUCAUGGUAGAACUGCGGUCCCGCGUACACAAACAGAGCAGGAUAAAGCGGCGAGAGGCCCAGCAACACCGCGUGAGUCAGCAACAUCCCCACCGGCGCCGGCAGCCGCUUGUCGAGCUUGAGCCGCGCCUCCAGAUAACAUCCGACGCCGUUGAGAACGAAGAACAUCAACGCCGGAAAGGGGCUCGCACUGAACGUCACGACGGCGACGUGCAUAUGCAGAAGUCCACUGACGAGGAAGGCAGCCAUGGCAGCGCCGGCCGAGGAGAGGCCGGGUUGCUCCUUGAGCGGUGUGAACACGGACUGGUGCAGCAGGGUCGAUACCAGGCGGUUGUAUCGGCGGCCCCAGAACUCUCGGAGGGAGGUCGACGUGAUGGCCCAGUCGUUGAAUGGCAGCAUUUCGUAGCGGUCCAGGCUGAGCAGAGAUACCAGUGCCAUCUGCAUGUCCUGGACGAACGUCAUCGAGAAGAGAUUGACGGCCCAGAUCAGCAUGAAUUGCAGGGUCAGCCAGUAGUCGCUGCGAAGAGCAUUGCCGCCUCCUUCAACGCCUUCCAGACACCCCACAAGCCAUUCCUCCGACAUAGCUGCAAUCGACUGUUUCGCCAGCGCCCCGACAGCGAGCGUCGCAGUGUCCAGCAGCCAGGCAGGCCGAGAUCUUGCAAGGUGAUCACCGCCUUCAGCCGCUUUGCGCCGACUGAUUGGCAGGAAGAACCAGAGAAAGCCCAACGUGUAGUCAGUCAGCUUCAGGUGACUUCGAGCUUCAUGUGGCAGCAUCACUUGGUGGACCAACCGAAUAGAUAGCAUCCACAGCAGGGAGCAGGUCAUCAUGGAGACCACCGAGCCGCUCUCGAGGUCUUUGCAGCCGAGGAAGAUGAGUAAGGUCGUCAUCGAUAGCGCCAAACCGCCUCUCAUCCAAGCAUUGGUGAGACGACGCACCACGAAGUAAGAGAAGGCCAAAAGGGCGACGCAGGCGAUUGGGAUGCUGUAUGCGAGGGUCAUGCUCACGACAUAAUGUAAGCGGGGCAGAUGCGCAAGUGGGUCAGCUGUGUACUGACCCACUUGCACUUGCGCGGACUGGACUGGACUCAUCACGGUCAACCACGACUGCCGACAAGCGAUGCCAUUUCCUG